GUCUUCUCUAAUUUGCAAAGCACCCUAAAUAUUUCGUUUUCUGGGCGGUUGGUUGAGGAUGAUGAAUGAUAAAGGGAAAACUCAGUACAUACAAAUGGAAGGUUUUGAAUACAAACCUAACCCUUACAGUAGUAGUAAUGAGAAAACAAUGAAUUGGAAUUGUUCAACAAGUGAAGUGAUUGAAGAGUCAAAAAAGAGAUGUGAAGUUGUUACAAAUCAAAUUAAUAACUUAUCACCUCAUUCUAAGAUUACUGAUUCUUGUAAACAAACACUUGUUAGAUUAGUUCGUUCUGAACUUAAAUUCCUUAAUCGUUUAUCUGCUUCUUCAAAUCAUUCUUCUCCAAUCAGUGUUAAUAUUGGUUACGUUGAAUCCAUUGUUCACAUUCUUCAGCAACCAUUCAUAAAUGGAGUUUCUCGUGUGUGCAAACCUAUUCCGAUACCAUCACAGCGUGGAAAGAAAGAAGAUUCAAUAGCAAAGGGUGUUCAUGUUGAUAUUGUUUGUAAUCUAGAUAAAAGCCCAGUUUGGUUUAUCGUAUCAGAUAGAAACCCUAAAUACAUUUCAUGGUCAGGAUCACAUAAAAAUAAAGGGUUAAGAACGCGAGUAGAGCAAGUUCUGGCUGAGGCUCAGUCCACAUUGACAUUGAAACCAGUAUCGAUCAUUCUUUUCUUUGCAAAUGGACUUGAUGGAGCUGUUUUUAAGAAGCUUGGAGACGGAUUUGGUGCGUCAGAGUUGGGCGUUAAAUUUUCUCUUCCGAAUGCUGAUUUCUGUGACGAAUUAGAGGAUGAUUGGGUCAGUGUAAUGGCAAGAUCUUAUGAAAAUGCAUGCAUCUUACAAAUACAGGUAGACUCUAUGGGGAACGCAGUUCCUAUGUUAGAUCGUGGGAUAAGAGAUCCGCUCUUAGGAGAUACUAGAUCAGAGUUAUCAGAAUGUCCAACUGCAUCUAUGUUAGAGGAUGAAUUCUAUUAUUUAAUUUCAAGGAUGAAAUUAGUCUAUUUGGAUGUGGAAUCUACUGGACCAGAUAUGCUUUCGGGUGAAGAUAUCAUAAAUUUUGAUACGACAGCUUUGAUUGCUCUUGUGUCAGGAAUCAGUAAUGGUUGUACGGAAAAACUGCUGGCUGCACCAGAGUAUGAAUUGAGGGAGCGGUUUAAGAGCAACUAUGAGUUUGUAAUUGCACAGGUAAUGUCGGAACUGCAAAACCCCAUUUUUGCUGAAUUGAGACCUUUGAUGUCUGGAAAGAUAGGCAUGAUAUGUGAAACUGUUCAUUUGGAGUUCAAGGAGCUCGUAUCAAUGUGUGGGGGGCCUAAGGAGAGGUUAAGAGCAGAUCAGUUACUAAAACAUCUUUCGAUUGUGCCUGAUGCUCCUUCACUGCGGAUGAUGGGCCUUCCAACUACAAGAAAGAUUGCAGCAAAGAAUAAAGUUGUGUUUGGGACAGGAGACUACUGGAGGGCGCCAACUUUGACGGCAAAUAUGGGAUUUUUGAGAGCAAUUUCCCAAACUGGUAUGUCACUGUUGACCCUUGAACACAGACCCCGUGCAUUAACUGGUGAUUAAAGAAUUGAAGCAAGCAGAUGUACAGGCUCAUCAGCAGACAAUUGUUAGCAUUUGUCCAAUCUGUCUCUUCGUUGAUUCACACUUAAUCUGAAGCAUUUCUUGUAAUCCUCCCAUGGUUGAUGACUUUUGUGGUAAUACUAUUACCCGACACAUUUGCAAUGGCUGUUGAGAGAACACUGUUAGUCUGUUACAGAUCAACAUUCCUUUGCCUUCAAAUAAAGUUGGGAGUAGUAGCCAUACAUGGUUCCACUGAUAGAAACCUUAAGACUAUGUAGACGUGUAUAUAUUUUCAGUAUUUAGAGUGACUAACUUCUGAUCAAAACAAAACAAAAAAAACUUCUGAUUUAAGUGUAUGUGAUUCACUUUUUAGAUAUCCAAACCAGUAUUUUCUUAUCGUAAA